AUGCCCCCUUCCGACCUCUCGGUGGCCGAAGAGAUGUACAGGGGCCUCGCAAGCCUGCUGCAUCUGCUGUGGCAAUGGAUCAAGGGCCCGGGCAUGCACAGGGCGACCGUCGCCGCCGCGGCCGUGAUGCGCCAGGUCAGGCGGAACCUGACGGCCAGGAGGCUGCUGAGCUUCCCGCACCUGCUGGCCUUGCUCUGGAUGCUGCUGCUGCUCUGGGGGGAGCGCUGGAUCUUUACGACGCAUGUCGGCGUCUGCGACUGGAAGAACUGGGAGAAGUGGCCCAAAGGUGCCACGCCCCAUCACCUCGUCCUCAUCGCCGACCCGCAGAUCCUCGACCCUCACACCAACCCCGACUGGCCCUCGCCGGUGCUGGCCACCGUCGUCGCCGUCACGGACCGAUACCUCAAGCAGGGCUACCACGCGCUGCUGCACCAGCUGCACCCGGACAGCCUCUUCUUCCUCGGCGACAUGCUCGAGGGCGGCCGCGAGUGGAAGACGAGGCAGGGCCACUUCGUCGACCCCAAAUGGGGGGCGCGCGGGCGCACCGCCAAGGAGCAGCGCUGGGUCAAGACGUGGCACCGCAAGUACGGCGACGACUUCUGGCUGCGCGAGUACCAGCGCUUCGGCGACAUCUUCUUCGCCCCCUGGAGCGACCCCGACCUCAAGCCGGGCCCCUGGCAGAGGGGCCGCAAGAUGGUCGCGAGCUUGCCCGGGAACCACGACAUCGGCUUCGGCGCCAUGGUCCAGGUGCCUGUUCGAGACCGCUUCCAGGCCUACUUUGGAGAGGGCAACCGGGUCGAUAUCGUGGGGAACCACACCAUUGUCUCGGUCGAUUCCGUGUCCCUGAGCGCGGGCACGUCUGCGCAGAGGGCCGAGCACGAUCUAUCGGCCAUCUAUGGCCCAGUUCACGAGUUCCUAGACGGCGUCCAAUCCACAAAGCGAAAGAUGGCGCAGAACGAGCUCAGCUUCUGGCACGGCAUUGAGCGCGGACCCAAGUUGAAGCACAACGUCGAGGACCUUGAUAAAGCGGACUUGACCCGGUGGCCGAGAGACCCAGGGCCGGGGGCCGCCGACUUUCCCACGCUUCUCCUCACCCACGUUCCUCUAUACCGCGAGCCUGCAACGCCCUGCGGCCCGCAGCGUGAGCACUGGCCGCAGAAGAAGGGAUCCAACGAGAAGGAUCCCGCCAAUGCGAUAUCGGUAGUGGCCGGAUACCAGUACCAGAACGUGCUCUCGGAAGAAGAUUCCGUCAGGCUCGUCAAGAGCGUCGGCAACGUGGUCCACGUCUUCUCGGGCGACGACCACGACUACUGCGAGCUCGUGCACUCCGACUCGAAAGAAAACGUGCGCGAGAUCACCGUCAAGACCAUGAGCAUGACGCAGGGAGUGCCGACGCCCGGCUUCCUCAUGGUCAGCCUCUGGAACCCAAUCGACAAGGACGGCAAGCCCCUGCCCGGCGCGCCCGAGCAGACGGUGCAGACGCAUCUUUGCCUGCUCCCGAACCAGCUCUCCAAGUACAUGAACUACAUCGCCUUCACCAUCUUCUCCCUCAUCGUCCUCGCCGUCAGGGCCUUCUUCGUCCCCGUCCUCCGCCUCACGCCGUUUGCGCUACCGCCCGAACGGGGGAGCGCCUCCUCCUCCCUCCCCAUCUACAAAGAUAAGAUCGAGCCACCCAUCACAUCCACGUACGGAGCGAGCAACGGCGGCAGCGGCGGCGGCAGCACGCGCUGGGCAGGUAAGAAGGGCAAGCACAGGCAUCGCUGGAGCACCGACGGGUCCAGGGGCCCGCGCAUCACCAUCAACGAGGACUACUACGACGGCGGCAAGGCGUGGAAGACGACGACGGGCCGCGGGGAUAGGUUCUCCUUCAAAGUCAUGGCCACGGAGAUGUGGACCACGACGUGGAGGGUGACGUGGAUCGCGGUGCUCAUCUGGAUUUACCUGAUACGGAAUGGCUAA